CUUGAAUGAUAUUACAAUGCUAUUGGAUCGGUAAAGUACGUUGUAAGUUGUAACUUUGUAUUUAUAAUCCGGAGUUGUUCAGCGAAAUGCGGUGGGAAACGUUUGAAAUAGGAAGAAAGAAUUCCCGCCAAACAAAUCUUGGAAGAGAAGAAAAUAACCAGAGACGGUCGGAGGGAAGGGGGUAGAUGGGCAUGGAGUUCAAAAGCCCUCCGUUGUGUCCUGCAAUGGUCACGGUGAGGAGAAACCCUCCGCGCAAGGCGAGGGCGACUCCUUCGACCACUGCUCCGGAUUCCACUAAACAGAACCCGUCUGCGUCAAAGCUUAAGGACAUACCUCGAUGCCCUCUAGAGGAGCUCCUUCACGAUGACACUCCUCAAAUCCCUUCGGUGGCAAUGCCAUCUUCUAUACCUUCUCCACCGGAAAAUGGGAAUUCCGAGAACCUUAGGGUCUUCUUGAGGAUUAAGCCACUGAUAGAUACUAAUGUUUCCUCAAAGAAGAACAAGGCCACUGAAACAAGAUCGAAGCUCAAAGCUGCUAAGAACAAUGAUACGAACAAGAAGGAAGGGAUCUGCUUGGUUGCGAAUGACUCGCAUUCCGUGACACUUUCUCCGCCGUUGUCCCUGCAGGAUUCGAAGCGACUGAAAACUGAGGUCUACCAUGGCUUCAGCCAUGUGUUUUCUCCCGAUUCUUCUCAGAAGGAAAUCUAUGAGAAGGUGAUGGAUCCUCUGGUAUCAGAUUUCAUCUCAGGGAAAAGCGGGAUGUUAACAGCUAUGGGGCCUACGGGUUCCGGAAAGACGCAUACAAUUUUUGGUUGUCCGAGGGAACCUGGAAUUGUUCCUCUCACUCUUCGGCGUAUUUUCAGUGAGACUGACGGAAGUGAUUCUAAGAUGUCUAGGUCAUAUUAUAUAUCGAUGCUUGAAAUAUACUCCGACCGAGGAAAGGGUGAGAGGAUCAUUGAUUUAUCCACCGAUGGAGCUGAUUUGUGCUCGCAACAAUUAACUAAUAAAGGUCCUCAGGAGGUCAUGGUUUCGGAUGUUGUACAAGCAGAAUGUGUAGUGGCACGUGGAAUGCUAAAACGAACUACUGCAAUGACAAAUGCAAACAGCCAAUCUAGCCGAUCACAAUGCAUUAUUCACAUCCGUAGUUCGCCUAAAAUGAUUAGUGGCAAGCCUGAGGUUCAACCAUCCUGUGCUGUUUUGACAAUUGUGGACCUUGCUGGAGCUGAAAGGGAAAAGAGAACUGGAAAUCAGGGCAAACAAUUAUUGGAAAGCAACUUCAUCAACAACACGUCUAUGGUCUUUAGUCUAUGUCUCAGGUCUUUGUUGGAGCAUCAAAAGAACCCCAAGAAGCCAUUGCAGAAGCACUUCCAAAAUUCUUUGUUGACCAGGUAUUUAAGAGAUUAUUUGGAAGGCAAGAGACGAAUAACUUUGAUUUUAACUGUAAAACCAGGAGAACAUGACUAUCUUGAUACAUCCUACUUGCUUAGGCAGUCUUCGCCUUAUAUGAAAAUCAAGUUCAAUAACAUUGAAGAACCAUCCAAUUUGCCCUAUCAGAAGAGACACAAUCACAUGUUGCCUAGAACAGAGCAGCCCAAGAGAAGGAAGUUCAGCAAUGUAGAUGCUGUGAUACAUGAAGGAGACGGAGCAAUAGAUAAACCGGUUCUUGAGCCGAGUGACUGUGGACCUCUUAGUGAUAAAGCCUACUUGCUGAAAAUGUUGGGCGAAUAUAAGAAAAAGCUCCAGGAAUCAGAAAAUGAAGUCUUCAACUUACAGGAAAGCCUUCAAAAGGAAAAAAUUCGAUCUUUGGAACUGGAAAGGGAAUUGCAGGAUUUGAAAUCUAGUUGUUCAUGUGGUCAGAUAAGAGUUUGUGAUGCUGUGAUUGAUCAAUCAAGCUUUUCGCUGUUAGAUUGUCAAUCUGUAAAUCAGAGAAGUCAAAUAUCUCCCAGAGAUGAGAAAAAUAAUGAUCAUUCUGAAGAGUUGAAGCAUUUGCUGGUCACAGACAACUCUUCUGAUGCAGAUGUAACAGCUAGUUUGGAGCAUUCAGAAUCAAUGGUCUGCUUUUCUCAGUCGACAAUCCUGGUUGAUAGUGACCAUUUGACAACAGAGCGGAACAAAUUUCUUAAUGAAGAGAAAAAGGUUGGUGCACAUCCUUCUCCAAACCCGAAGAUAUCAGAGUUAGGGUCUGUAAAUCAGAGAAGUCAAAUAUCUCCCAGAGAUGAGAAACAUGAUGAUCAUUCUGAAGAGUUGAAGCAUUUGCAGGUCACAGACAACUCUUCUGGUGCAGAUGUAACAGCAGCUAGUUUGGAGCAUUCAGAAUCAAUGGUCUGCUUUUCUCAGUCGACAAUCCUGGUUGAUAGUGACCAUUUGACAACAGAGCAGAACAAAUUGCUUAAUGAAGACAAAAAGGUUGGUGCACAUCCUUUUACAAACCUGAAGAUAUCAGAGUUAGGGAGAAGUCAAAUAUCUCCCAGAGAUGAGAAAAAUAAUGGUCAUUUUGAAGAGUUGAAGUAUUUGCAGGUCACAGACAACUUUUCUGAUGCAGAUAUAACAGCAGCUAGUUUGGAGCAUUCAGAAUCAAUGGUCUGCUUUUCUCAGUCGACAAUCCUGGUUGAUAGUGACCAUUUGACAACAGAGCAGAACAAAUUGCUUAAUGAAGACAAAAAGGAAGUGUUGUGUAGAAGGAUAUCACUCGAUGAAAAUGUAGAAUCCACUACCAUUGAAAAUAUUGCAGAAGGUGAACCUGAGCAAGAUCGUGCCACUAAAACUGAGAAGUUGGGGAAACCCAGAAGGAAACUUCAACCUGCUUCAUCUUUAUUGUUGAAAGAGAUCAGUGGUUUGAACUUGGAAGAUGAAAAUGAGAAACCAAAGGGAAAUAGAGCGGGUGAAAGGAAACUAUCAACUGGGGAAAGAGGACGAUCACAGGGUAGCAUUUCCCUGCUGAAGUUGAUAAGGAGUAAUUUCCAUAAUUAAUCUGAUGUUGUAAAUAUUAUCUUUUUGUAUUUUGCGUUUUCUAUGUGAAAAUGAGAAAUGAAAUUUUAUCCUGAAACUAGUCGAGAGAAAUGGGGUCAAAAUCUGUUCAGAGGUAGCUAUUAAAACAUAAUUUCUCUUCUAGUCAUUUGAGAAUUAGAUUUGGUGUUACUUUA